AUGCACGUCGCUGUGCAGGCUGCGCUUCUUACCGGCUCGCCGCCUUACGAAGGAGCCGUUACCGCUGGCCUUGCGACGUUCGAAGUCUGUUUGCAAAUGGACUGUGCCGUGUCGAGCAGUCUGGCCCGUGAAUGGUCGCAACAGUCCCCCCUUUCGGUGCCUGGGCGUCUACACAUCUAUAACCAGAAAUACUGUGUGGCAGAUUUGGUCACUACCUCGCAACCUAAGAGAAUGCCAACAAUCUCUCACAUACUAGACGCAGUGAAGAAGACGCAAUGGGAGAUGAUCCUCGAACAGCCUCGGCCGCCGAACGAGCAGGGAUCCGGGGACGGCACACGUAGAAUCGAAGUAUCGGCAGCCCCUGAGGUGACACCACCAAGGGUCCAUUUCUUCAUUGCAGAGAAAGACAAUAGCUGGAAUACGACACAGCUGUCACUUGUAGAGGGGCUACACACAGCAAAGCGACGGUCCCGCGGCCUCGAAGGUCUCAGAUAUAAGUUCUGUGGGCAGAAGGGUCCAGUAGCGACUCAUCCACCUCGAGAACCGCUACCCUUCGAGAUUUCGCAUUUCUUGCACUCUCCCGAGCCAAUGGACGCCUUCACCAUUGCUGCACCUGUUCCCUUGGAGGAGACCGAGCAGAUCCCUGCCGACUACGAUACCGGCAACGGGACGACGAACUAUUCUUGCACCAUCGCUUGA